GGAGGACAACCCUCACCUUGUCCGGAAGCGGCAGUGGGGUGGGUGGUCCUUUCGCAAGCAACGCACCACACACAAACAAACUCAUCAUCAGCACUGUGUGCAACGAACCCAGCCUUGCGCCAUCCACACUCACUCCCCCCCCCGCCAGCCAGUCAUCGAUCGCAGCCAUACACCACACACGCACACGCACGCACAAACACACGCACACACGCUCACACGUACACGCACGACCAACGUGACACAGUCACACGAAGGGCAUCCCCAAGCAUGAGCAGCAAGAGCAACGUGACGGCAGUCAUUGGACUGCAGUGGGGCGACGAAGGCAAAGGAAAGCUGGUGGAUAUCCUGGCACCAGGGUUUGGUGUUGUGGCUCGCUUCGCAGGCGGCAACAACGCUGGCCACACUGUGGUCAUUGACGGCACCAGCUAUGCGUUUCACCUGCUUCCCAGUGGGAUCGCUCACAAGUCCUGCACAAGUGUCAUUGGAAAUGGCGUCGUGGUGCACCUGCCGGGUCUGAUGAAAGAGAUCAAAGCCAACACAGAGAAAGGGCCUCAUCUCGCAGGAUGGGAGUCACGGCUGAAGAUCUCCAACCGGGCUCACGUGGUGCUGGACAUCCAUCAAGUUGUGGACGGCCUGACGGAGACAGAACGAGGCGUUAGCAAGAUUGGCACAACCAAGCGGGGAAUCGGCCCAACAUACUCAUGCAAGGCCACACGCAACGGUCUGCGCAUGUGCGAUCUGCUUGGAGAUGAGGACCAUCUUCGGGCCAAGGUGGCCGCUGUCUGUGGCAUGUAUCAACGGCUGUUUCCAUCCAUCACUGUCGACGUGGAGGCAGAACUCGCGGCCAUCCAACAGUAUCUGGACACCAUACGCCCGCUGAUUUGCGAUACCUUUGCUGAGAUUCACACUGCACUCGACAGUGGCGUCCCAAUUCUCCUUGAAGGUUUGUGUGUGUGUGUGUGUGUGUGUGUGUGUGUGUGUGUGCGUGUGUGUGCGCGUGAUUGUGUGUGUGUGUUGUUGCUGUGCAUUUGUCCUCAACGCUCUUCCUCCAUCCCCUCUUCCUUGUCAAUUGCCACCUCCCUUGAUCAGGAGACGGGCCGGUAUCUGCAAGAGAAAGGCCAUGAAUAUGGCACAACAACAGCGCGCCCGCGCCGCUGCGGCUGGCUCGACCUGGUCGUCAUCAACUACGCUUGCAAACUCAACGGCGUCACCGCCAUCUGCCUGACAAAGCUGGACGUGCUGGAUGAUCUGGCGGAGGUGAAGAUUGGUGUCUCGUACACAUCGCCGUCAAACACAUACACCUGUUCCAUGCCAGCGUCGCAAGAGGAGAUGGCACAGUGCACCGUUGAAUACAUCACCCUUCCCGGCUGGCAGCAGUCCAUCGAGGCGGUCCGCAAGUUUGAAGAGCUGCCGGCGAAUGCAAAGGCGUACAUCGCCAAGAUUGAGGAGCUUGUUGGCGUCCCAGUGCGCUGGAUUGGCGUGGGCAAGGAGCGGGAAGCCACCAUCCACAUUGCUUGACGUGUGCAACUGCCUGCGUGGAUGAUCUGUGUGAUUGAUGAUGUGCUGUGCCAUGUGUUGUGCCAUGUGUUGUGCCAUGUGUUGUGCGAUGUGUUGCUUCAUCGAUCAUCAAAGAUGCAAAGCAACGCGCAGAGUAAUCUCACCAAAAGCAAGGCAAG